AUGGGACGUGGGGAAAGCACGAAUGACGAGGAAACGGAGACUGAGACCGUCGAUGAUGAGGUUACAGAGAGCGAGGCCUCCACUGCAGCUAGCAAGAAGGUUCAACUCCUUGGGAUACCGCUAUACAAACUGUCUUACAACAGACUGCCGAGAAAGUGCCUCAAGUUCUCGUUUCUUACGCUAAAUACUGGCACUUUUUUCGCAGGAAUUUCCGCGAUGAUAAUUUCCGUGUGGAUGCUUUCGGAUAGUAAAUUGAUGCUGAGAUUAACGGGACAAAAGCUGUUUGUCUCCAUUCUUCUCAUUAUUGGAAUGUUCUCGAGUUGCGUUUCAUCGAUUGGAAUUUUCGCCUUUGUAAAGAGACGGAGGAAGUUGAUGAAUAUAUAUAUUAUUUGUCACGCCCUGUUGUUAACAACGAUUUUCUUCACCUCGAUAUUGAGCUCUUCUUUCUUCGAUCGUAUUACGAAUAAAAUUCAUGAUGAUAUGAAGAGCACGAUGAUUAAGUAUCGAUCGUUGGAUUGGGUUACGGAGGCCUGGGACAAUACACAACAAUACUUGGAAUGCUGCGGUAUCCGCUCUUACAAGGACUGGGAUGACUAUCGACUUGAUAUACCCCAGAGUUGUUGUGCCAAAUCGAUCGAGCAGUGCCUCCAUAUGACGGGAAGUGUUGCCUUUGAAGCUGGCUGCCUGAAAAGUGCUUACCUCAUGCUAAAAUCCCAUAUUGACACAGUAGCAGUUUCCGCAAUAUUCGUAUCCAUAAUCUCAGGAGCGAGUUUGUUCUUUGCACUGGGAAUGAAGAGGAAAUUCAGGGCAAUCCGUUAUACGGACGACGGUUCAACGUGAGAAUAAAA